CUCGUCGUGACGCAGUUUGUUCUUCUUGUCGUCGUCGUCGUUGUUCUCCUUGUUCUCCUCUUCUUCUCCGGCUGAAGAGUGGACCAGGAGAGCUCAGAGGUUCCCAGAGGUCAGUCUGCCCAGCAGCAUCAGACACACCUGGACUCCAUAUUUAUGCUGCUGCAGGAAAACAUCAUUCUUUUUGUGAAGAACGAGCUGAAGAAGAUUCAGAAACUUCUGAGUCCUGACUACCCAGAAUCUUUAGAGAGUCAGAGGGAGGAUGAGGAGGAUGAAGAGCAGAUGAGGAGCAGUAGAGAGGUGUUUCAGAUAAUCACAAAGCACUUCCUGAGGAGAAUGAAGCAGGAGGAGCUGGCUGACCGUCUGCAGAGCAGAAGUAAUUUGGGGGUUUGUCAGAAAAAACUGAAGUCCAACCUGCAGAAGAAGUUCCAGUGUGUGUUUGAGGGGAUCUCUAAAGCAGGAAACCCAACCCUUCUGAAUCAGAUCUACACAGAGCUCUACAUCACGGAGGGAGGGACUGCAGAGGUCAAUGAGGAACAUGAGGUCAGACAGAUUGAAGCAGCAUCCAGGAAACCAGACAGACCAGAAACGACCAUCAGACAAGAAGACAUCUUUAAAGCCUCACCUGGAAGAGAUGAACCAAUCAGAACAGUGCUGACAAAGGGAGUGGCUGGCAUUGGGAAAACAGUCUUAACACAGAAGUUCACUCUGGACUGGGCUGAAGACAAAACCAACCAGGACAUCCACUUCACAUUUCCAUUCACUUUCAGAGAGCUGAAUGUGCUGAAAGAGAGAAAGUUCAGCUUGGUGGAACUCGUUGAUCACUUCUUUCCUGAAACCAAAGAAGCAGGAAUCUGCAGGUUUGAAGAGUUCCACGUUGUGUUCAUCUUUGACGGUCUGGAUGAGUGUCGACUUCCUCUGGACUUCCACAACACUGAUAUCCUAACUGAUGCUACAAAGUCCACCUCAGUGGCUGUGCUGCUGACAAACCUCAUCAGGGGGACUCUGCUUCCCUCUUCUCACCUCUGGAUAACCACACAACCUGCAGCAGCCAAUCAGAUCCCUGCUGACUGUGUUGACAUGGUGACAGAGAUCAGAGGGUUCACUGACCCACAGAAGGAGGAGUACUUCAGGAUGAGAUUCAGAGAUGAGGAGCAGGCCGGCAGAAUCAUCUCCCACUUUAAGACAUCACGAAGCCUCCACAUCAUGUGCCACAUCCCAGUCUUCUGCUGGAUCUCCGCUACAGUUCUGGAUCUGAUGAAAACCAGAGAGGGAGGAGAGCUGCCCAAGACCCUGACUGAGAUGUACAUCCACUUCCUGGUGGUUCAGUCCAAAGUGAAGAACAUCAAGUACAACGGAGGAGCUGAGAUGGAUCCACACUGGAGUCCAGAGAGCAGGAAGAUGAUUGAGUCUCUGGGAAAACUGGCUUUUGAUCAGCUGCAGAAAGGAAACCUGAUCUUCUAUGACUCAGACCUGACAGAGUGUGGCUUCGAUAUCAGAGCAGCCUCAGUGUACUCAGGAGUGUUCACACAGGUCUUUAGAGAGGAGAGAGGACUGUACCAGGACAGGGUGUUCUGCUUCGUCCAUCUGAGUGUUCAGGAGUUUCUGGCUGCUCUUCAUGUCCAUCUGACCUUCAUCAAGUCUGGAGUCAAUCUGAUGGCAGAGGAACCAACAGAGAUGCGUCUCUACCAGAGUUCUGUGGACAAGGCCUUACAGAGUCCAAACGGACACCUGGACUUGUUCCUCCGCUUCCUCCUGGGUCUUUCUCUGUGGACCAAUCAGAAUCUCCUCAGAGGUCUGCUGACACAGACAGGAAGUAGCUCACAGACCAAUCAGGAAACAGUCCAGUACAUCAAGGAGAAGAUCAACAAAGAUAUCUCUGCAGAGAGAAGCAUCAACCUGUUCCACUGUCUGAAUGAACUGAAUGAUCGUUCUCUAGUGGAGCAGAUCCAACAGUCCCUGAGAUCAGGACGUCUCUACACAGAUGAACUGUCUCCUGCUCAAUGGUCAGCUCUGGUCUUCAUCUUACUGUCAUCAGAAAGAGAUCUGGACGUGUUUGACCUGAAGAAAUACUCUGCUUCAGAGGAGGCUCUUCUGAGGCUGCUGCCAGUGGUCAAAUCCUCCAACAAAGCUCUGCUGAGUGGCUGUAACCUGUCAGAGAGAAGCUGUGAAGCUCUGUCCUCAGUCCUCAGCUCCCAGUCCUCCAGUCUGAGAGAGCUGGACCUGAGUAACAACAACCUGCAAGAUUCAGGAGUGGAGCGGCUGUCUGAUGGACUCAACAGUCCACAUUGUAAACUGGGAACUUUCAGACUGAGUGCCUGUAACCUGUCAGAGAGAAGCUGUGGAGCUCUAUCCUCAGUCCUCAGCUCCCAGUCCUCCAGUCUGAGAGAGCUGGACCUGAGUAACAACAACCUGCAGGAUUCAGGAGUGGAGCGGCUGUGUCCUGGACUGGAGAGUUCACAUUGUAAACUGGGAACUCUCGGUCUGUCCGGCUGUCUGGUCUCAGAGGAUGGCUGUUCUUCUCUGGCCUCAGCUCUGAGAUCCAACCCCUCCCACCUGAGAGUCCUGGACCUGAGUUACAACCAUCCAGGAGACUCAGGACGGAAACUCCUGGAGGAUCCACACUGCAGACUGGACACUCUCAGGGCGGAGCCGGCUGGAGUCCACUGGAUGACAUCAGGUCUGAGGAAGUAUCGGCGUCAACUCACAGUCGACACAAACACAGUCCACAGAUACCUCAAACUGUCUGACAACAACAGGACGGUGACAUAUGUGAAGGAGGAGCAGCCGUAUCCUGAUCAUCCAGACAGGUUUAAUGUCUGGUCUCAGCUGCUGUGUGGAACUGGUCUGACUGGUCGCUGUUACUGGGAGGUUCAGGGGAGCAGAUACGUUGAUGUAGCAGUGAGUUACAGAGGAAUCAGACGGAGAGGAAGCAGGGAUGACUGUCGGUUUGGAUUCAAUGAUCAGUCCUGGAGUCUGAUCUGCUCUGGUGGUCGUUACUCUGUCUGGCACAAUAGGAGAGAAACAGCCAUCUCCUCCUCCUCCUCCUCCUCCUCUAGUACAGUAGCAGUGUAUGUGGACUGUCCUGCUGGCUCUCUGUCCUUCUACAGAGUCUCCUCUGACUCUCUGAUCCACCUCCACACCUUCAACACCACAUUCACUGAAACUCUUUAUCCUGGGAUAAGGUUACAUUACUCUAACUCCUCAGUGUCUCUGUUAGAGGACAGACUGUCUCCUCCUGUGAUAGGACAGACUGUCUCCUCCUGUCAGAGGAAAGACUGUCUCCUCCUGUGAGAGGACAGACUGUCUCCUCCUGUUACGCCUGGAUUCCACUGGAUGCGUAACGGCUGCAGAUCCGUCGUCGGAGCUGUUACGCACCCAUUAUAAUCAAUGUGUGAGAUUCCACCGACUGCAGAUCCGCUGCGUAAUGAGUCCGACAACGCAUGGCCAUCCGACAGCCCUCGCAACACUUGCGCAGAGCUUCUAUUUUUGUCGGAUAACGGAGCACUACGCAUAAAUUCAGCACAGAGCAGAUCAUUCGGGACAGGAAGUCUUGCACAGACACAAAAUAAAACACCGGUAUAUUUUCAAAAUAAAAUACCUCGGGUUCGCUAACGAGGUCGGCCGGCUCGUUAACAAGCUGGCCGACCUCGUUAGCGCUCGUUAAGACGGAGUCGCUGGAUUUGUCUCCAGUCAUUAACGAGGAGAUGUUGAUUAUCUUCCAGUUAUAUCAAUUGAUUAGGCGUGAAUUCGCGAGAUCUCAUGCGUCCUCGGGACUCUGCUGUCCGCAACAGCUCCGACACAGACGGAUCCGGUGGGUGUUGACGGACUGCGUAGAUACGCAGCCGUUGCGGACAGACCCCUGUCGGAGUCGUUACGCAUCCAGUGGAAUCCAGGCGUUAGAGGACAGACUGUCUCCUCCUGUAAAAAAGUAAAAGUAAAAUACGUGUUUCACUAAUGUCGCUAGCGUUAGCCUAGCUCCGAGAGGUACUUCCUGUCAAAGUUUCAGAAUAAAACGCCUGUAAUGUAAAUAAUGGGACUGAUUUCAAAACAUAUUUCGGUAAGAAAACUUUAAUUAAAACAUGCUUUUUAUUAUUAUUAAACAGUUCUUUCAAUCUGCUCUUUAUUUUAAAAUGUAAUUAUGGAUCAUAUAUCAGGAUAAAUUAUCAGCUGAUAAUAGAAAAUAUACAUUAUUAUGUUUUAUCCUGAUGAUUGAAUAAUAGCUGGUAAAUGAGCUAACUUCCACAGAAUGAGGAAGUUUGCAGAUAAAUCAACAUGUAUUGAUAACUGAGUAUUUACACAAACUUUUUCGAUCAUGUCAAAUAAUAAAGUCUGAAUCAUUUGGCAAAAUGCUCUAUGAAAUAAAAAGUAUGUUU